ACCACUUCGUUGCACCAAGCAUAUUCGGCCUGAAGAAGUCAACAAUACUUUCCAAUUCAACAUCCUGACUUGGUACAUUUCACAUAAUCAACAUGUCUCAGUCGGACUCAGAUCCUUCGGGGCACUCACAUCCGCGCCAUGAGCUCCAGCGAGUGGAGACCCAAUCGACGUUGCGCGAAUUGGGCCUUUCGCCUGUGAUCCCCACGGUCGAUGUCAACUACCCGGAGGUUGGAAGACCAGAAUCGCCCGUGUUUCCUGAAGAGUACGUUGUCGAAACGGCUACGGGUCUUGUACCCGAGCUUUCGUUGGAGCAGAUCCGUUCGAAGCCUUUGGAAGACCCUUUAGAUCUCGAGAAGAGGGCGACCGCCGAGUUCGUAACCUUCACGAUCGGCGACAGCGAGAAUCCGCACAACUGGUCUCGUGGUUUCCGAUGGUACAUCACACUCGUGGCGUCUCUACUAGUCGUGUGCAUAGCCUUUGGAUCGUCUAUCGUAACCGGUGGCCUGGGCCUGAUCGAGGAAAAAUACCACGUCUCUCUCGAAGUCGCUACCCUCACUUGCUCCAUCAUGGUGUGCGGCUUUGCCGUCGGUCCACUCCUGUGGUCUCCUCUGUCUGAGAUCAUCGGUCGGCGACCUGUAUACAUCAUCUCACUCACGCUCUACACCAUCUUCAACAUCCCAUGCGCUCUCUCUCCCAACAUCGGAGGCCUCCUCGUCUGCAGGUUUCUGUGCGGCGUCUUCUCCAGCUCCGGCCUCUCUUUGGCUGGCGGAACCAUCGCUGACGUAUGGAACAUAAAAGAGCGCGGUAUGGCGAUCGCAUUCUUUGCUGCUGCCCCGUAUUGCGGCCCCGUCAUCGGCCCCAUCGUCUGCGGCUGGAUCGCUGUCGGUACACACCGUCUUGACCUUUUCUUUUGGGUUAAUCUUGCAUUCGCGGGUGCGGUAACAAUCAUGGUUGGCUUGAUCCCCGAAACCUACGCACCAGUCAUCCUCAAGCGACGGGCCAGGAAACUGCGAGAGGAAUCCGGCAACCCGAACAUCAUGACGGAACAAGAGAAAGUCAAGCUCACGUUCAGCCAGGUCGUCCGCACCAGCCUGAUCCGACCAAUCACAAUGAUUCUGACCGAGCCUGUUCUCGACCUGAUGUGCAUGUACAUCGUUCUCAUUUAUUCCAUGUUGUACGCCUUCUUUUUUGCGUACCCGAUCAUUUUCGGCAAGCUGUACGGCUAUAACGAUGGCCAAAUUGGUCUGAUGUUUAUUCCAAUCCUGAUCGGCGCGGGCUUCGCCCUUUUUGCUACCCCUAUGGUCGAAAAACAGUUUCGCCGUAUCUGCGCAGCACGAGAUCCGGAGCCUGAGGAUCGGUUGAUUGCCGCCCUCAUCGGUGCACCUUGCAUUCCUAUAUCUCUCUUCAUACUUGGCGCCACGUCUUUCAAGCACAUCAUCUGGGUUGGCCCAGCCUCUUCUGGUAUUGCAUUUGGCUUCGGCAUGGUCCUAUGCUACUAUGCUGUCAACAACUACAUCAUCGACUCGUAUCAGAACUAUGCAGCUUCCGCACUCGCAGCAAAAGUCUUCUUGCGUUCGGGCGGUGGCGCAGCUUUUCCACUGUUUAUAACUCAAAUGUAUGAUGCGCUCGGUCUGCAGUGGGCAUCAUGGCUAUUGGCCUUCAUCGGCGUUGGCAUGUUUUUCAUCCCAUUUCUGUUUUAUUUUUUCGGUGCCAGUUUACGGGCGAAGCUCACCAGGCAUUGAAAGCGUGUAUUGCCAAGAUGCAUAUAAUAAUGAUGGGAAGAGCAGAAUGCAAAGCUAUCGUGUUGUAUUCUUACGCAUUAGGUCGGUGUUAAUCGUGAGGCAAUAUCAACAUUCUAAGCAAACAUUAGUAUUUUUCAUUCUUGUUUUUCAACACUGACGGACUGUCGACAUAAGAACAUACCAAGAAAGCAUAAAUGGUCAAAAACGGGCCUGUUGGGCUGUAAGUGCAACCCUAGUAUUUCACAUUUGAUGUGGUGCCUCGCUUGUACAUGGGAUGCGAUUCACAGCCAAAGAUUGAGAAGUCUAAGUGGUUGCGAAUUACGAAUUGCGCCACUUACAGUUAUUCCAAGCUCUUUAUCGAACAGCAAAGCGGAAGCAGAAAAUCCAGUCAUGAUGUUUU